GCCGCCGCCGGGGAAGGUGGCGGGGAGCGGUGCGGCGGCGGAGCGUCGGGUCGGUGCCGGCAGCAGCAUGGGACGGCCGCGGGAGGGAGGGGUCAACACCUUUGCCCUCUCUCCUUGCAAGGGCAGAAUGGCAUUGGACUUGUACAGAUUUGAGCAUGAGGGAGAUAUAGAAAGAUUCCAUUCUGUGGAGUCCCGCUGUGCUGUGUCCUGGGGAUUUUCUCAAGGUCAAUCGUGAGAAGCCAAGCACCCUCCCUCCCCUCCCCUCUGAUCAGAUUCCUUUUAAGUGAAGCUCACUCAGUCUCUGAGGACCAGAUCUCACCGAUGACUGGGAAGCAAAGAGUACCCAGGAAAGCACUUUUACUACGGAUUCCACCUCAGGAGCACCAGGAACUCAUCUUCUAAAUAAAAUCUGUGCCCCUUGGUGCACACCCGAUGUCUGCUGCAAUGGAUACAGAAUCAACAUAUUCGGGAUACUCCCACUACUCAGGUCACUCCAAAAAAGCUCACAGACAAGGGAGCCGGGACAGACACAAAUCUCCCCGAAGCAAAGACGGCAGUCGGUCUGAGAAGUCCGUCACUAUCCAGACACCUCCUGCAGAGCCGCUGCUCGGGAAUGACGCCUCCCGGGCAGAGGAGGGCCAGGAUGACAACUGGGGUGAGACCACGACGGCAAUCACAGGCACCUCUGAGCACAGUAUUUCCCAGGAGGACAUUGCCCGGAUCAGUAAGGAUCUGGAAGACAGCGUUGGGUUGGACUGCAAACGUUACCUGGGCUUAACAGUGGCAGCUGUUCUCGGACUCCUAGUCUUCCUUACCCCCAUUGCCUUCAUUCUGUUACCCCAGAUCCUGUGGCGAGAUGAUCUGGAGCCGUGUGGUACUGUGUGUGAGGGACUGUUCAUCUCUGUGGCGUUUAAACUCCUCAUUCUCCUGAUCGGGACCUGGGCUCUUUUUUUCCGCCAACCCAAGGCAGACCUACCGAGGGUGUUUGUGUUUCGGGCCCUUCUGCUGGUCCUCAUCUUCCUCUUUGUGUUCUCCUACUGGCUCUUCUACGGCGUUCGCAUCUUGGACUCGAAGGACACCAACUACCAAGGGAUAGUGCAGUACGCCGUGUCUCUGGUGGAUGCCCUGCUCUUCAUCCACUACCUGGCCAUCGUGCUGCUGGAGCUGCGGCAGCUGCAGCCCAUGUUCACCGUCAAGGUGGUUCGCUCCACGGACGGAGAGUCGCGCUACUACAGCUUGGGACACCUCAGCAUCCAACGAGCUGCACUGGUGGUUCUGGAAAAUUACUACCGAGAUUUCACAGUCUACAACCCAGCCUUGUUAACAGCCUCCAAAUCCCGGGCAGCCAAGCACAUGGCUGGCCUGAAAGUCUACAAUGUUGAUGGCCCAGGUAACAACGCCUCGGGGCAGUCGCGGGCCAUGAUCGCGGCGGCCGCGCGGCGCAGGGACUCCAGCCACAACGAGCUCUACUACGAGGAGGCCGACCACGAGCGCCGCGUGAGGAAACGCCGGGCCAGGCUCGUGGUUGCAGUAGAAGAGGCUUUCACUCAUAUCAAACGCCUCCAGGCAGAGGAGCAGCAGAAAGCUCCAGGAGAGAUGAUGGACCCCCGAGAAGCAGCCCAGGCCAUCUUCCCCUCCAUGGCGAGAGCUCUGCAGAAGUACCUUCGCACCACCCGCCAGCAGCAGUACCACAGCAUGGAGAGCAUCUUGCAACACUUGUCCUUCUGCAUCACCAACAACAUGACACCAAAGGCAUUCCUGGAGCGUUACCUCAACCCAGGCCCAACCCUCCAGUAUGACAGGGAUCGCUGGUUCUCCAAGCAGUGGACGCUGGUCAGCGAGGAAGCGGUCACAAGCGGCUUACAAGACGGCGUCGUGUUCGUCCUCAAGUGCUUGGACUUCAGCCUUGUUGUUAAUGUGAAAAAAAUCCCCUUCAUCAAACUCUCAGAAGAGUUCAUAGACCCUAAAUCUCAUAAAUUUGUCCUCCGCUUACAGUCCGAGACUUCAGUCUAAGGGAUUUUGAGGGUGGGUUGUUGGGAGAUUUUUAUUUUUGUUUUUUUCAAUAUUGUGCUUUUGGGUUUAAUUUCCCCAAUGCUGACUGAAACUGGCAGAUGAUGGACCAGUAAUAUUUGACCAUCUGCACUUUAUUUGGAAAGGGGAGGGGGGAGCUGGGAUAUCUUAUCUAGGAAGAAGUAUCUUAAGAGGCAACAGGGCGACUUGGCUCAGUUAGCUCAGCCUUGGAGACAGAACAGAUUUUUUUCUUUGCCCCUCUUUCCAGGCAUCCUGUAAAUCUCACGCUCUCUUUCUCUGCACGGCUGCAGUGUCAGAGUUCUUGCUGGAGCGCUGCCUUACACCGUGCACGCCUGCACCCUUGUGUCUCUGCUUUUGCCACCUGUGGCUGCUCCUGAGGGCUCAUUGCUCACCUGUCCCUCACAGAAGUCUCCUGGCACAGGGUGCCACAGUCCCUGCUUACUUGGGGAGGAAGGGAUAUCAAAGGGUGGGGGUGUGAGGAGACUUUUAUUCUUUAUUCUUCUUCUCCUCCUUGCCACGUGCCUCUUCUGUCAGUGCCAGACCUGUAUGGGCAUAAUGGGAUGGUUUCACCCUCUGUGAAAUUGCUUGUUUUGAACUGGAUCAGCCCGUUUGCAGCUAUUCAAUUUAUUUUUUUUUUCCUUAAUCAGUGCUUGUUACUGAAGUUGUUCUUCAUGUCCUGGCUCCCUGCUACCUCUCCUCUGCUUCUAUCUGUCCUGCUUGUCAGCAUCUUUCUCAGGCAGGGUCAAGGCUUCUUUUUUCUGUCUCCUCUGUCUGGCUUUCUGAAUGUUUCUUCAGGCACUGCUGCUUCCUUUUGCACCUACAAAGGCUGUGUAUUUGCACUGGGACAGGGUUAGUAAGUAGCUGGCUCCUCCUUAGAUAAAUCACAGACCCUCCCUACGUCUGACAGCCUCUUUGAGGGGAAGGGGAGCAGGCAGGAAUGUGCCCCUCCCUCUCUAGCAAGCUUCAAGUGCGUCUGGAGAAAAGAGGGGCAAAAACAUUUCCCUCCUUCAGGAGAGGAGCCAGGGAAAGGCUGACCUCUGCCCCAUUCACUUGCUUUGGAGAACUGUUGUGCUCUGAAAACACUGCAGCGAGUCCUUCCCCACCGUACGCCUUCAGCUGUAGCUAAGAAAUACCAAACAAUGCCUGAAUGUUGAAAAUCUGCCUGCCUUCCUUGGCCUUGCUGUUCUGUGGGAGUUUUUGCUCAGCAUUGGGAUCUGCUUCUGAGAGAUGCAGUUUUGUUUGUGAGGCUGCCUUUGCCCACCAGUGCAGCUUUCAUGUGUGAAUUUAGUCACACGUGAGUUUGGAAGGUUUGUUUUUAAUGGGGAGCCCAAAUGGGUGUCUGAAGUGUGAUUGCCAGAGCAGAGCGUGGAGUGACUGGAGCCAGCUGCAAGGCUGGCAGUGACCUGAAGGUCCCUUGAGAUCCAUGUGAAUGUAAAUGAUCACUUUAUUCUGCUCAGUCUUUUGCCAUGCAAAUAUUCCUUAUCAGGCAGGAUCUAGCCUGCCCUCCAUAUGGAUGUCUUAACCAAGAAGGCCCUAAUUCCAGCAGUGUGUAAGUCAGUGCCUUUCACUGCCAGCCUGCACAGUCUUCUGAGGAGGGCUGUGACAGCCCUUCCUGUCCCUUUUGGCCUUUCCCAGCCCUUCCCACGGCAGGCAUGGGCUGGCUGGUGUCCACAGGGAGCAACCACCUUAAACAGGGAUGCUGGGAGUAGAACAGGAGGGUCCAUCCUCUUCCAGCUUCAGCAGCAGUAGAGAGGCAUGUCUGACAGUUCUCUUGGGAUCAAGGGAGCCCCCGGGUGAGUGAGGGUCCAAAGUGAUGAUUCCCCAUCCAAGUGACACCUGCAGUUUCCUGCACCUUUCUUACAAGCAUGUGGUAGUGUCCUGGAUCCUUUUUAAUCCGUGUGUUGUGCCAGAUGUGGUUGUAAAGAAACCAGAUGGUGUGGCACAUGAUGGGAUUAUGCCCUUUGCCCUUAAAGGAUGGGAAGUAGGUAGUGUUUUCCCCUCUCUAAGCUCAGUGUUUGGGUUUUUUGGCAGAUCAGGCUUUCUGGUAGUCCGUAUGAGGACUCCUUUAUUGACUGUGGCCUUCGCAGUGUUUUACUUUGAAAAAAUAGGUCGGUUUAUUCCUUUAAAAGAAAAAAAAAAGGAAGGUGACCAUACAGUAUCUUACACUUGGCUCUCCUGAAGAUGCCUACACCUGGCUUUUAUGAUGUGCAUAACCAGCAGGGUGGGAGAGACUGGGAGUAGCUUGGGAGACUGUGAAACGCUUAAUACCUGUGUGGAGGCUACUGCCUGUGGCUGAGUUGGCUCAUUUCUGUGAAGCCAGAACAAGAACCACCUUGCCGAGGGCUUGGGUGUGCCUUGUAUGUGAGAGCACCUUGUCACAGGCACAUCUGCAAAACUUUUUUACUUUCCCAGGAUUUCCUUCCCCUUUCCUUUUCCCUGCCCCAUGAGGAGGGGUUGUCUGACAGUAUCUGCUCAGGAAACUCAUGUCUUAAUUUUGUUAAAUCCUUUAACACAUGGAGAACCAGACGGAAGCAGCGUGUGCUCGGUCUGGGUCUGCUUCUUCAUCUUUGUGCUGUGGUUCAACACUGCCUUUUCUGCCUGCUGCCAAAAAGGACACUGUCAACAGGGGCCAACUCCUACAUUAAAUGCUCUUCCUUGUAUCAGCAGCAUGAAUGCUUUGCCUGAUGAAAUCUGCAGGAGAGGACUCUCUCUCGGAUGGUCUCUUUAGAGGUGCAGCCUGCCUUGAGGUGAGGACAGACUGGAAGGGGAAUAAUGAUUCCUGCAUAUUCCCCGUUCUGAUAUUUUUAGUGACAUUUUUCGAGGUCUCUCUUGCUUCCCUUCUCCAUGCAAAAUCAGGGGACCACCGUCAUACCUACCUCACUGGAGCGUUGUGAGGCUAAACUCGCUUUCAAGUGCUUUGAGAUCCAUGGUUGGAUCUGUGGCAUCUGUAGGAAUUCAAACUCUAUAAAAAAUACUGAGCGGUGAGUGCAGUUUGUUUAACUCUGUUUAUAGCCAGCUAAUGAGUAAGAAUGGAGUCAUAGGGAAUGAAGCUCUGAUCCAAUUGCUGCAGCCCUUACUUCUGCCGAGCUUGCCAAGAGCUGAGCAUAAAUACAACUUGGAGGGUUUGCCAGCCAAGUGCAGGCUGUUCCUCCGAAUGCCGCUCCUAUCCUGCACUGUCUCCUUGCACAUAUUUUCCUUCCUCUCUCCCAGUCUGGAUGUUUGUACCUGGUUGGGAAUUGUGGGGAGGUUUAUUAGAAUUCAAAUGGUUUUUUAACUUUUUUAACAUCAUCCUGUUGGUGAUGGAGUGGUCAAUGUCCCUCUUGGAGAUGAUCCUUGCACUGGACAUCCUUCACUUGGAGCUGAACCCUUUCAUAGGGUGCUGUGCUGCCCAGCCAGGAGUGGUGGUGCCCCACUCCUCUAUUCCAUGUUGGCACGUUUCCUGUAACUCAAGUAUGCUGCUCAGAUACUUUAAAGGCUUUGGGGUUUUUUUUCUCUCAGAUUUGUUACAGCCUAAAUCCAAAGCCAUGCUGAGAUCUUGAAAAACCAGAUGCAGCUGAGACUUUCAAGUGUUCUAGAGCAGAUGGAAAUGGCUGUGGGUUUCUGUGAAGGCUGGCUUUCUCUUUCCUGGCUAUAAAUUGAAAUAUUCUUAUUUCUUCCAGCUUCCAGGAGUGUAGGGGAAGGUACUACUCUUAAUACUUUGCCAGUCCUGUAACUGGGCACGGGCAGGUGUUGUCACAUCGGUUGGCCUCUCACUGCCAUGUCACUUCAGCUGUGGGUGGGUGCAGACUCUGUGAGGCUGCCCUGGAUCUCAGUGUCUUUUCCCACACCUGGAAGCUGAGCAGGCAGCACUCUUGGAAGUGUAAGCAUUGUAGCACUCCCCUCCAUGGCGUAUUUGCAGGGUUGGGAGGUGUUGAGUCUGCACUUGGAAGCUUGGAGGCAGUGCACAGUAAGGAUCAAGUUUGGAGAUCUGAACAAAUCCCAAUCCUUAUGAAGCCUCCUGACCUUUUCCUUUGGGAUGGGACUCUCUGUGCAACACCUUGGAAAUUUGCUGUUGCUGAGUUCAGCCAAAAGCUGUAGGGAAAGAGUAUCUGGAGCUGGUCCUGCCCCACAUAAGUAACUUUGAAAGGUCUGGUUUGAGAUGUGCUCACUUCCAACACAUGCUGCUGAAGAAACUGAAAAGAUCCAUAACUUGCUAAACAUGGAAACCUAUUCAAGCCAAUUUCAUCUUGCUCACCCAAACUUGUAAUUCUGCCCUUUUCAAAGGGUAAACAGAAGUCUUGCAAUCUUCUGCAACAGUGCUGUAGUCUGGUCCCAAGCUGGCUCCUCACAUGGGGCUCAGUGCUGCCCAGCUGCUCAUGAGGUGUGUGUGCAGGUGUUUUCUCAUUCAGCUUGUGUGUGUCUGUGUGCUUUUCCCCCUCUGGUGUGCACAUUAUACGUGUUUAAAACCUCAAGCCAGACUUGGUGGCUCAGUGUUUUAGCUGUCCUUAAGAAGGAAGUGCUCUUGGAAUUGAGCUGGUUUUAGAAAACAAACAAAAAAAAAAAAAAAAAAAAGAAAAAAAAAGAAAAAGGAAACUCCCCAAAUUCUGUUCUGAAAGAGAUGGCUUUGGGCCAUGAUGUCUCCUGCAGGAGCGUGCAUCCUCCUGCCUUCAGGCUGCUGCCUCCCAUCGAUGAUGACCAAAAGUUGCCGUUUCCCACAGCUGUGAGCGGUGCAGAUCGCUCUGGGCCCGUCCCCAGCGGGGUCCCGCCGUGCCAGCAGAACAGCUGGCAUUUCCCGCCCCUCUGCUGGCAUUUCCCGCCCCUCUGCGUCCCUCCAGCAGACUGCAUUGUUUUAUCCCUGGUGCACACGGAGCCCUGUGGGCAGCAGGCAGCCAGCCCUGCCCUGGGUGUGCUCUGCCCAGGGAGGGAGGGAGGGGAUCCUUCCUUCCUUCCUUCCUUCCUUCCCUCCCUCUGGCUGCUUCCUGGGCACCUCUCACCAGCACUGACGAUGCUUGGGGGUAUCUCCUGUGCGCACAGUGGGGAGAUGCUGUGGCCACUACCUGAACAGGCGUAACUGUGAAGGAAUCUUACACUCUCCUGUGCCUGUUUCUUUGAUUCAGCAUUAUUGUGUCUUGGGGAAGGGGGUGGGAGCAAAAUGCCCUUCCCUCACCCUCCUUUAUCACUGUGUAAUACUUUUUCUACACACACUGUGUAUAGUAAGAAGGGUUUUGCCAAGGUUUUCUAAUUAAUAGACACUAACCAGCAUUUCUUUCUUUUUUCUCUUCUUUGCACAUGUGACUUUAACUGCAGUGGUACAUGGUCUUUCUGUUCUUUUCUAAUCGUGAACUUAAGUAAGCAAAUUCCUGGUGUCUGUGACAUUAAUGCACUGUGGGUUUAGCCUUGUAAAUUGUUCUGUUCCAAGCUGGGUUCUCUUAAGUUAUAGCUGGAUGGGGUUUUGUUGUUUUUUAAACUGAAACAUAAAACCGUUUUACACUUUGCAUAUUUUGUACAGUAAAAUUCUGGAAAUAAACUGAAACCAGA